UCUCAAACUAUAUAUGCUUGCAUCAACCUUAGAAAUAUCUGUUAAUAUUUCUUGGAUAAAAUCCCUUCUAUCAAUUACAAAAACCCUAUAAAUCCCUUAUUCCAAACAAAGAACAUAUGUAAGAUCUAUAUAGUUUACAUUCAAUCAAAAGUUUUCAUUUUUGGAAGGAAUGAUACCUGCAUUUCUAUCGAAACAAGAAGUGUUAGUUGUAAUCAUGAGUGAGCAAAGGCUUCUGAAAGCGGUGUCUUCUGUUUCAUAUGAAAUUGGCAAAUAUGAGACUUUGGAAGACAUUGCUACCAUUGAUGAAGUCAAGCAAGCAGAAUGUGAAUGUUGUGGACUCAAAGAGGAUUGCACGCCAGAUUAUAUCUCGGAAGUUAAAGGCUCUUAUUCUGGUAAUUGGGUUUGUGGCCUUUGUUCUGAAGCUGUCAAAGAAAGAAUGGCACAAGGUCCGAAAGUCGCCAUGCAUGAAGCUGUUCGCUCUCACAAGGAUUUUUGCCUAAAGUUCAACACCACUAGACUCAACCCUCAGCUAUCUUUGACGUGUGCAAUGAGGGAUAUAGCAAAAAGAAGUAGUGAGAAUAGAGGCUCCAAGAAUUCGUCCACAUCAAGGAUUGCUCGAAGCACUAGCUGCGUUCCAAGGAUUGAUCUCAACCAAUAUUAAUCACCGUCAUCCAUUCAACUCGUGGUCAUUCUCCCAACUAUAUCUCCAAUCAUUUAUUAACUUGAAUCUAUAAUUUGACGAGAAUUAAGUAUUAAUAAGUUCAUGCACGAUUACGCUCUCCAUCAGAAGAGCUUUAAACUUUAUGUUUAACAUAAAGCUAAAGAAGUUAAACUCAUACUCCUGAGUUUGUGAGGGUAUUUGGAAUGCAAGAAAGAAGUUGGUCUUCGUAGGUAAGAAAACUGAUUGGAAUAAUACCACUGUUUCAACUCAUAUUUUAUUGUUUUAUACGUACUUUGGUUAAAGGUAUAGAACAGUAACUUUUCAUACUGAUUUGAUUAGAGAUUUAGAAGGUAUUUUGUAUGGUCUAAUAAGUGAUAUGUUGUUGUUUAUAAAAGCUUGUAAGUAGUUAUUUUCUUUGUAA